AUGCAUCGUGUUACAUACAUGUUAUUUUUCUUAUUGAGCAUUACUCUCAUUCACGCACUUCCAUUCGCUGAUAGCAAAGCAAGUUCGAAUGAAGACGUGAUACUCGGUCGUACUGUAUUGGAUUGCAGCGCCUGGUAUUUAACUCAAGGCGAUCCUAACAAGUUGUUAGCUCAAACUUUAAAACCACCAUGUCGCAUUCCAGCAUCGUUUCCAACCGUACUACGCGACGGUUGGUCUGUUGAUCCUGAAUGUGAUGCAGCCAAGCAACCGAAAACCUGUCAAUAUCAUAAAGGUGCUUACGGUUGUUAUCGUCAUGCUUUCAAAGAGACGGGACCUGGUGCUCAAGCAUGCUACGAUAAAAGUGGACAAUUCAUUGACGAUGUUUGGAAAGGAGCUGGUACAGUCGAUGCCCAAACUCCACUGGGAGAUGGAGUUCAACAAGCGGCACAUUUUGUUGCUGAUGUCGUUCCCUUCUACAGUUGUUGUAAAAUAACAUUCAUCUACAAUCCAUUAUGUAAUCUGUAUUACGAAAAACGUCCAGCUGGUAAAUGCGAAAACAAACCUGCUAUUUGA